AUGACCACAAAAGAUUUAAAUUUAACUCGAAAAAAAUUUGAGGUAGCAUACUUUAUUUCUAAAGAAGAGCUACCACUCAGCGUAUACCCAAAAAUACUAUGCUUGGAAGAAAAUCAUGGUGUAGAGCUUGAUCAAGCUAUUUUAGUUGAUGCAUCAACAGAUGUUUCUGUAAUUGAAAAAGAAGCUAUUUUUAUUAUUAGUUUUGAUCCAACUCCUAUAGGAAAGACCGAAAUAAGCGUUGAAUGUUCUUUCCUUUCUAUUUUUGAUCUUGAAUAUGGAACAUCUGAAGGAGUUUUCAAUAAAAUCAGUCAAUCCCUUGAUUCAGAAUGUACCAAAAAUUAUAAAACUAAAUUAGUUGGUUUCGGUGCUGAUGGCGCAUCUGUAAAUAGAGGAAAUAGGACAAGUGUCAAUGUAUUGCUUAAGAAGGAAAUUCCAUGGAUAACUUUCGGUUGCUGUGUUGCACAUCGCCUUGAGUUAGCGUUAAAAGAUAAAUUUGGAGAAAUAAAGGCGUUUAAUGAUGUCGAUAACAUCAUUUUGAAAAUGUAUGCAAUUUAUAAAAAAUCGCCCAAAAAGUUACGACAGUUAAGAGAGCUUGUUGCUAUUCUUGAAGAGGGUAAUGCAUUUGAUAUUGCAGGAAAACGAUGGAUUGCACAUAAAAUUCAAGCACUUGAGAUGCUCUUAGACAAAUAUGGAGUAUAUAUGAAAUAUCUCGAAAACAUGGCUGCAGAUUUCAGUUUUACCCAAGCAGAAAGAGCAAAGUUUAAAGGGUACUAUCAAAACUGGAAUCAUGGACGAAUACCUCUUUAUAUAGCAUUAUUUAUAGAAAUUUUAUCGACAGCUAAAUUGUUAUCUUUAUCUUUUCAAAGCAACGAAAUUGAUUCAGUAGCAUCUUCUGGAUUUGUUGAACAAACUAAAAAGCAGUUAAGUCGUUUGCAGAAAAAAGAGUUUAAUGAUUUACCAACAGUCAAACGUUUCCUAUCAAAAGUAACAAAUAGUAAUGGAAAGUAUUUAUUUCAGGAUGUCGAGCUUCAUGAUUUUACAAACGCACUAACUCUAGUUAAGAAUUCGAAAUCAAUGAUUGUAGUGUUAAUUACCAAAUCCAUAGAAGACCGUUUGGAAGCACAAAAUACAGUUCCUGAUAUGUACGGAAUGUUAUUACUAAACACUGGCGGUUGGUAUCAAAAUAACACAAAUAAUUCAUUUGCAGAUGAUAACAUCAAAAAAUUGUAUGACUUUUAUAAUAUGCCGUUACGUUAUGCUAGCUUCACUGGGAAUGUGAACAAUAUGUUAGAUGCUUGGCAUAGUUUAGUUGAUUAUACUGUCAAAUAUUUGGCACCAGAUAAAACCAGAUAA